UCUCUUUCAUGCAUUGAUUAUCAAUCAAAUCAAUGAUGUAUCUAUAAAAAGUAGAGCAUUUUUCAUGCAACAACCAAACAAAAACGACGAUGACAUCGACAAUUGGAAAAAAAUACGAUUUCACUGGUAAAGUUGCUUUGAUUACCGGUUCAAGUUCGGGAAUUGGUGCAGCAAUAGCAUUACAAUUCGCUCAAUAUGGUGCUCAGGUAACAAUUACUGGUCGUGAUGCUGAAACAUUGGCAAAUGUUGGCAAAGAAAUUGAAGAAAAAUGUGGCCAUUGUCCACUACAAAUUAUUGGCGAUCUUAUUGAUCAAUAUUUACCUGAAAAAUUAAUCAAUGAAACGAUGACCAAAUUCGGACGAUUGGAUUUUCUUGUAAAUAAUGCUGGUAUUGGAACUACGGCCAAAAGUCUUGAAAACGAAAAUUUUAUGACCGAAUUUGACAAAGUUUUUGCUAUCAAUGUUCGAGCUCCUGUUCAAUUGAUACAAUUGGCCGUACCACAUCUGGAAAAAACUAAAGGAAAUAUAAUUAAUAUUUCCAGUAUUGCAUCGCUUACAGCUUUUUCUUUAUUAUAUGGAUCAUCAAAAGCAGCAUUAGAUAUGAUAACGAAAACCUCAGCUCAAGAAUUAGGACCAAAAGGAAUAAGAGUCAAUUCCAUUAAUCCUGGACCAGUAGUGACCUCAAUCUAUCGUUCAUUGGGUAUAACUACCAAACCUAUGAAUAUGAAAGAGGAAAUGAAAAAACGUACAUUAUUGAAUAUGGCUGCCGAACCAAUUGAGAUUGCUAAUUUAGCAUCAUUUCUAGCAUCGAAUGAUGCGCGUAAUAUUACCGGUUCAAUAGUUGUAAGCGAUGAUUUUCUUGUAAAUAAUGCUGCUAUUGGAACCACGGCCAAAAGUUUUGAAAAUGAAAAUCUUAUGGCCGAAUUUGAUAAAAUUUUUGCUGUCAAUGUUCGAGCACCUGUUCAAUUGAUACAAUUGGCCGUACCACAUCUGAAGAAAACUAAAGGAAAUAUAAUUAAUAUUUCCAGCAUUGCAUCGCUUGAAGCGUUUUCCUUAAUAUAUGGACCAUCAAAAGCAGCAUUAGAUAUGAUAACGAAAACCUCAGCUCAAGAACUAGGACCAAAAGGCAUAAGAGUCAAUUCCAUUGUUCCUGGACCAGUAGUGACCUCAAUCUAUCGUUCAUUUGGUAUAGCUACCAAACGCAUGUAUAUAGAAGAGGAAGUAAAAAAACGUUCAUUAUUGAAUAUGAUUCCCGAACCAAUUGAGAUUGCUAAUUUAGCAUCAUUUCUAGUGUCUGAUGAUGCUCGUAAUAUUACCGGAUCAAUAGUUUUAAGCGAUACCGGUGCAUUAUUGAUGCAAAAAAAUUGAUUAAUUGUGAAAUACAAAAAAAACCAAUGAAAAA